AUGAUAAAACUAACUAGUAAAAUAGGCGAAUUGAUAAUAAAAUCAACCAAAGGGAUUUAUUUUGAAGAUUUUUUUCUUCAAACAAUUUAUAGAAAUGAAAUUGAAAAAUAUAGAAAUGUUUUUCUUAUGAUACUUUUAUUGAUAUUAUUAAUCAAUUUUUAUAUUUUUAUUGUAGUAACUUGUAUGGGGAUUAUUAGCAUUGAAAUAGAUGAAGGAUUUAUUUUUUAUAGAAUUUUUACAGUUAUAAUAUUAGUUGGUAUUGUUGCUACUCUUAAUAUUAAUGAAUCACAUGAAUAUUUUAAAGAAUUGAGAAUUUGUUCUUUAAUAUUUCACAUAUUUGGAUUGAUUAAAUCUAUCUUUUUAAUUACACAAGAAGAGGGUGAUUAUAAAACAUUAAAAAUUUACUUGACUGAGUCUAUUCAAGUAUUACUAGCGAUAUUUUAUACUAUCGGUGCUUAUUAUUUGAUAUUUGAUGUAAAACAUUUUGACAGAUCGAGAUAUCUGAGACAAGAAGAUUUAUAA